UUCUGAGUGGUAGCAGCAGCGGUGCGGUUGCGGCCAGAUUUCUCCGUAAGCGUAACGACUGAGCGUUCGCUUCCUAUCCCUGGUGUUAGAAGUUGAGUUGCUCGGAUGGAAAAUUUCCGGAACAAUUCUUUGCACGGAACCACAUAUCUUACACCAUGCACGGAACUCAAGGGUCCAUUUGGGCUCGAGGAGGCAACUGAUGGGCCUACAUCUACUUUCGAUGGAGCAAUUUCAAGUCAGGAUGAGGAAUCCACCGAUACGCCAGUGUUGCUCCCCGUUAUUAAUGAGACAGUCUCGUUUGGACGUGGUUCAUCCUGCACCCAGCAAUCUGACUGUGACGACGUCCUGGUCUGUUUACCGUCCAACACCUGUGGCUGUCCGGACCUCACGCCCGUGCUGGUGCAGGAAGCGGACGGCAUUGUCUGCGUCGCGGCCCGGAAGCUGAGCGAGCCCUGUCAGACUGACGCCGAGUGCAGACACGGCAAUGAACACGCACGAUGUCUAGAUUCGGCAUGCAGCUGCCAGUCCCGUUUCUACGCCUCCGUCGACGGAUCUCUCUGUAUGGCCGAUACCCUCGUAUGGAACCCGCUGCGGACAGCUAUCUUCCCGGCCGCGCUGCUGAUUGUAGGGUUUAUCGUCCUUGGAGCGAUCGGCUUCCAGAGGCUGCACAGACCGAGGAGCGAUAAGGCAUGGUACGCGCAACAGCUGUCGUCGUUACCAAAGGACAUAGGUUACUCCGGCAGUGACCGCAUCCCUAGUGACUUCUACGGUAGCGUCAACGAGCACGAAGGUCAUGCUAAUGACUCAGUCUGGAGUCGGCUACGUUCUUUCGUGUCAAGCGUCACGUUGAGAAUGGAGGCAGCCAAGCGCCGUUGUCGAUGGUCCUUUUCUGACCGAAGUCGAUCAUAUGCAAACACCCCGAAUGAAACGUCGAUAGAUCGAGUCGCAACCCAUAUCGAGUACUCCAACCAGACCAGUCUUCCGUCUCAGUUAAGCAGCGCACUCCCACACGCACCUUCUGGUAGCAUGAAUGGCGCAUCACCACAUUCCGUGCCCCCAGCGAGUGUUUCCAUGCAACCAACGCUUAGCGCAACUUCAUCUGCAGUGAACAUGAAAGCAUGUAAAGAAACAAAAAGUGAAUCACCUGUCCCAAGGCCGAGAACAAGAAUAUCAACUUUGUCAACGAGCACGCUUAUGCCUUCUAGACGCGCGAGAAGACGAGGCAACUGCAGUUCAUCUUCGGCGUCAUCUGCGCCCUCCACGCGUCACUAUGGAAACCAGCCGAGUUUCUGGGUCAGCGGCAUGUCCAACCUCUGUGAACCAAUCGCAGAAGGAACUGCCGACGAGCCCGAAAACACCGGAGCGUUCGCAGCGAAGUUGCCAGAAUUUGUCAAGUUCACCGAAAGCGAGCUUCGAGGCGAGAUUCACAGGAAGUUCCGGUCUGAGGAGCUUGCGAUGCCGGUACCUACACGCCUUCGACGUGUCGUGUCGGACCACGACGAGCAUUUGGAGGAUAUCUUCCCAGACAGCUAUUCGGAUGAAUCUCCCGAGAAGCAGGCAAGGUCUUCUUCGGGUUGCUGUUGCGGUCACAGCUGUCCCAACGUGCACUUCUACGGGUCCUCCAUCGAGCCAUCGAGCAACCCUUUCGGACGAGACCAAGAGCCCUGUAUGAGGUGGUUCUCCGCCGAGCACUGCGGGCGAAAGAGCCUCGAGGUGCUUUUCACCCGCAGUCAGCCGACAUGGCGUUGCGACCGCGUGGUCUGUAAGGGCCCAGACCGCAAGGCCAGAACAUGGGAAGCAUUCACUAUUCAUGGCAGGGGAGCAUGGCCUAAGGCGAUAAAGAAGCGCUUUGUUUCAGCGCAUAUGGCCCGCGGCCGACAAAGUCGUCUGAUGACUGGCGACCACAGGUCAACAAGUGGGGGCGAUUCUGGCCGGCGAUAUCCGGGAGCCUUGUCGGUCAACACGGAGUCAAUUGGAGCACUGUCAGUGGCUGCGGUGGGAGUGCCAUCUCCCGUCAGCUCUUUGGCGUCACCGCAAUCUACACCGAAGCGCGACUUUGGCCGUACACGAAGAAGUCGUGAAUCAUGUUCGCCAGGGCCCACUGAACAAAGAAUGGCACUCGUGGGCUGCGCCAGCCAUCGCGCUGCCUUGAUGCCGCGGGUCGCCCAAGUGGCCCCUUUCAGUCGCCGAUCGCAAACCCUUGACUCUGAGCGUGAGAUCGUGGAUCGAGGUGCUGGGCGGAAGGUCAGCAGCGGUUCUGCAAUAUCGUCGAGGAUCUCACGUUGAGACCACUCCAACUUUCCUCUGUCGGAGGGCAACUUUCACGGCAAGCGCAUCGACACAUGGCACGAUCUUAAAAGGUUAAGCCGUGGAAGGUUAUGAUCUCGCAUCCGGUCUUCUGUUGGGGACAGAUAGGGCGAGUAUAAAUCUUGCAUGAAGGUUGCUUCGCCCCAGUGUCAUGAUGAGCGCGCUCUAUAUUCCGGUGCUACUCGGUCCUUUCCAUUGAUGCCUUGCAGAAUGAAGUCGAUU